CAUGUUCAGACAGUCCACAUGCUUCGAGCGGAAAGCAUUGUAAUUGUUCUUGUACUGGUCCACGGAUGUUUCAGUGGAAAAAUAGUGUCGUAUUCUCACUAUGAAUUGGUAUUACGAUCUUGAUGAGCUCCGGGGACACACGCCGACCAUCCUAGAUGGUCACACGUGGAAAGAGGAAGAGAAGUUUCGACGGGAAGGAGCGAAAUUUCUUCUGGAUCUCAGUUCAAAGAUCGGACUGGUGUACAGUACAGUUGCAACUGGUGUAGUGUAUUUUCACCGGUUUUACAUGUUUCAGUCCUUCGACAAAUUCCCGAAAUUUGUCACCGCCUGUAGCUGCCUUUUUCUUGCUGGAAAGGUGGAGGAAACCCCGAAAAAAUGUCGAGAUCUCAUCAGAGCUACGAGGGAACUGCUUAAAGAAAAAACCGAGUAUGAAGCUUUAAGUACCGAGAUCUUGAAUGAAUUUGGUAUGCAUCCAGAGCGCGAGAUUAUGACCAUGGAGAGGGUUUUGCUGCAGACUUUCAAGUUUGACCUGCAAGUGGAACACCCUUAUCAGUUUCUGCUGAAGUACGUCAAGACGUUCGCGUCAGAUCAGAGUCGUUUGGAAGGCUUAGUGCAAAUGGCAUGGACGUUCGUCAAUGACAGUCUUGUGACUACUUUGUGCAUGCAAUGGGAACCUGAGAUCAUUGCCAUGGCUAUGAUUUAUCUGGCAGUUAAAUUGAAAAAAAUGCAGGUGAAGGAUAAUUGGUGGUCACAAUUUGUGUCUGACGUGUCGAGAGAAACCCUCGACAAGAUUUGCCAUCAGUUGCUCGACGUCUACCAGUCCGUUGGCCACGACAGCAGUGGAGUUUCACUGAUGUUCAUUCGAGCCGUUGAUUCAUCGGUAUCUGAUGGAGAUUUCGGUGCUGAUUGUGAUCACGCCUUGGUAGGUGAACUAUGCGCUGGUGGAACGGAAAGACAUGUAUUACAACUCAAGAAGAAGGGACAGUCCAUGUCCAAUAACAACAACAACCACCCGCCGCCUCAGGUCCUACAUCAACCUCCGACAAGCAAAAAGUCAGACGAGCGAGUCAACAUCCUUGAGCCGAAUGAGGUUAUAAAGGAACGAUGGAAAGUGCUGUCUAAGAUCGGCUCUGGCGGCUUUGGGGAAAUUUAUGAGGCCGUCGACCUCCGCACUUCGGCACCCGUUGCCAUCAAGCUGGAGUCGGCACGUGAGACCAAGCAGGUGCUCAACAUGGAGGUGGCCGUGCUGAAAAAGUUGCAGGGCAGGACACACGUUUGCAAAUUCUACGGCUGCGGCCGCAACGACCGCUUCAACUACGUCGUCAUGGAGCUGCUGGGCCGGAAUCUGGCCGAGAUGCGACGCAGCCAGCCCAAGGGCGUCUUUUCUCCGUCUACCACGUUCCGACUCGGGAUGCAAAUGCUAGAGGCCAUUCAAAACGUGCACGAGAUUGGUUUCUUGCAUAGAGACAUCAAACCAAGCAACUUCACUCUUGGCUGCCAUCCCGAAACAUGUCGCAUGCUCUUCAUCCUUGACUUUGGCCUGGCUCGCAAGUAUACCACAACCGACGGUCUUGUGCGGAACCCGCGCACGACGGCCAGCUUUCGUGGCACUGUCCGCUACGCGUCCAUCAAUGCGCAUCACAACAAGGAGCUUGGCCGCGGUGACGACCUGUGGUCCCUCUUCUACACGCUUGUAGAGUUCAUCAACGGCCAUCUGCCGUGGCGGAAGAUGAAGGACCGGAAGGAGGUUGGGCGCCUCAAGGGCUCUUAUGACCACGCCAUGCUUAUUCGGGCCUUCCCGACCGACUUCGCUAAGUUUCUUGCACACGUUCGCACUCUCACCUACUUCGAUGAACCCGACUACGCCCUGCUCUACCGCGUGCUGGACAAGUGCGCGAAGAAGGUCGGUGCCCGCGAUGCAGACCCAUUCGACUGGGAGGAGGACGUGUCCUCGAUAGGCAACAGCAUACAACCCAUCAUGUCCACGUCUCACGCCCAGAUCUACCACACACUUAUGACAGGAGCCGCCAACCUCAACACGGAGUAUCAGAUGGAGGAGGAGUUGCAAUCAGAUGGAGAGUCAAACGUCGAAAACAAGCAGCUGCAGCAUCACAUAUCUGGAAAUACCCCACGCGGCGGAGGUACCGCCGCUUUAAAUCGGACCAAUAACACGAACAAUAACGCGCCGUCCUAGCCUACGAUUUGUCAUUUCUUCGGAGAAAUUGUCCCCAUUCUCUUUUUCCUGGCCACUUUUAAUGGCAAGCAAAUGUACAUCUUUAAUUCGGAAGGAAGAACAUAAAAUAAAGACACAAUUUUUUGACAA